AUGUCUGUGGCACAGGACCUGCUCCUCUUGCAGGUGCUCCUCCUGGGGGCGGGCCACAUCAAGAGGGACCCCCCCGGGUACCAGGAUGAGUUUGAGCUGCAGUGGCGGCACUUCAAGGCCUGCCUGGAUCUGCUCCACCUCUCCCCGGACCAGCCCAGUCCUGGCCUGGGGGAGCUGGUGACGUUUGUGGCCCAGGUGGCAUCCUGCUACCCCGCCCUGACCAAGAGCUUCACUGGGGACCUCAUGGCCACCCUGGACCAGCACCACAUGCUCAUGGAGCCUGUGCUGAGGCACACCAUCGUGAAGGCCCUGAUCCUGAUCAGAAACCGGGGGCAGCUGCCCCCCACGGAGCUGCUGCCGCUGCUGUUCCGCCUGUUCCGGGUGCAGGACAAGUCGCUGCGCCAGCUGCUCUUCCGCCACAUCACCUCUGACAUCAAGAACGCCAACAAGAAGGGGCGGAACGAGCGCCUGAACCGCACCCUGCAGAACUUCAUGUACACGGUGCUGGGCGACGAGCACGAGGGCACCGCCAAGAAGGGCCUGGCGGUGAUGACCGAGAUGUGGCGGCGCCGCGUCUGGCGCGACGCGCGCACCGUCAACGUCAUCGCCAGCGCGACGUCGCACCCCUCUCCCCGCAUCCUCCUGGCCGCCCUCAAGUUCUUCAUCGGCCAGGACGCGGGGGCGGGGGCGGGGGCCGGCGCCGACAGCGACAGCGACGACGAGGAGCGGGGGGCCGGCGGGCCCGCGGCGCCCACCAAGGAGGACGUGUACGGCGCCUUCCACAAGGGCACGACCUCCAGCAAGAAGAAGAAGCAGAAGAAGCUGCGGCGCGUGCAGGCGGCGGUGAAGAAGGCGGGGCGGCGCGCGGAGGGGACGCAGUCGGAGGCCUUUGCCGCGCUGCAGCUGUUGCACGACCCCCAGGGCUUUGCCGAGGGCCUGCUGCGCCGCCUGCAGAGCGGCGGCGCCCGCUUCGAGACGCGCCUGGUCAUCAUGACCGUGCUCUCCCGCGCCGUGGGCGUGCACAAGCUGCUGGUGCUGAACUUCUACCCCUUUCUUCAAAAGUACAUCGCCCCGCACACCCUGGACGUCACCACCGUCCUGGCGGCCUUCAUUCAGGCAAGGGCGUGCCACGAGCAGGUUCCCCCCGACGUGUUGGAGCCAGCGGUGCGGCAGCUGGUCGACCAGUUUGUGCACGACCGUGCGCGGCCAGAGGUCAUCACCGUCGGCCUCAAGACGGUCCGCGAGAUCUGCACCCGCUGCCCGCUGGUCAUGACCCCCGAGCUCCUACAGUUCGGGCAGACCACCAUCGUCGACGGCAUCGACGGCCUGGACCUGCUGCGCCGGGCGGAGGCGGAGGGUCGGUUCAACAGCGACGGCGAGCUCGUGUCUGACGAGGAUGAUGAUGAUGAUGUGCAGGGCGGGACCUCGUCCUCGGAGGGUGAGGAGGAGCUGGAGGAGGGUGAGGAGGAGCUGGAGGAGGGUGAGUCGGCGUCCUCUGACGAAGAGGCCUCGGUUUCGGGGGCAGAUGAGGAUGAUGAUGAUGACGAGGAGGAGAUGGCCUCGGGGUCUGAGGCCUCGGGGUCGGACGCCGAGCUCGAGAUGGGGAGCGGCGAGGAGGCCGGCAGCGGCAGCGAGCUCGACGAGGACAGCGAGGGAGAGGAGGAGGCUGCGCCGCCCGCCAAGGUGAGGCGGACGCCGCAGACCGGCAGCCUGACGCAGAUGAAGAAGCGGCUGCAGGCCACCAAGGCGGCGGCGGCCGCCGUGGCGACCGAGGCCGCGGAGCCGUGGGCCGACCGCAUCCUCACGUCCGAAGACUUUGAGAAGAUCCGGCAGCUGCAGCACAAGCGUCUGGUGGACCAUGCCAUGCAGAAGCACGGCCUCAAGUCGGCCAGCAAGCGCGAGAAGGCCAUGGCAGCGGCAGAGGACGCCGCGGAAGAGACCAUGGCCCUGCGCGAGCAGCUGGGCAGCAUGCACGACAGCCGCGUGGCGCCGGACGACCUGCUGGGCAUGCACAAGUACAGGAAGGACAAGAUGGAGCGCAUGGCGACGGUGCUCAAGGGGCGAGAGGGCCGCGAGUUUGGGGCAAAGGCCUCGCUCAAGAAGGACAAGACGGGCGGGCUGAGCAACCGCGAGAAGGACAAGAGGAAGAACCUGCCCAUGGCCGCCCGGUCGGGCCAGGCCAGAAAGCGCAUGGAGCGCAACAAGCGGAAGAGCAACAAGAAUUUCAGGGGCCACGUCCGCGGUUGA